GAGGCUUACUGUGACGUGACUCUGGCGUGUGAUGGACGGUUUUAUCCGGUACACAAGCUGGUCCUCUCCACCUGCAGUGAUUUCUUUGAUCAGAUGUUUGAGAAGACUGCCUGCAAGCACCCAGUAGUAGUGGUGGCUAAUGUAGCACACAAUGACCUGGAGGCACUACUCAACUACAUGUACCUGGGCGAGGUCAACGUCCUCCAGACCGAGCUCUCCGCACUCAUGAAGGCCGCCGAGGCACUCAAGAUUAAGGGCUUGGCCGAAUCCUCCAAGCGCUCUCCUUCAAAAGACUCCCGAGAGGGCAAGAGGUCGUCGUCGUGGGAGGGAGAGUUACCCGACGGUAAGAGGAGGAGGCCGGAGGAGACUCCGGCGCCCAAACGUAGCCGAUCUCCGAGCGCCGAGAGCGAGAGAACGACAAAUACCAGAGACUCUCAAAAGCCAAGAAUAGCCGUCGGCGAUUCUCAAACUUCGAGGCUCAACGUACAAGGUCCGCCGAGUUGUGGCAGCAGCUCCAGCAACUCGGGUCCUCCAUCCUCCACAGAGCCAAUAAGUCACCCAGUGAGACAAGACAUGGCAGCAUCUCCUCAAGUUGAUACAGAUCAUGAGGCUGGUGACAAGGCUCUUAGAUCAGAGGU